ACGUAACUUCUCUGCUUUCCCAAACCCUAACGAUCAGUUAGAAUCCGACCGAGGACAGUGCCGGAAGCGACCAUGGGAGAAUCUUCACAGACGAGGUUCCUGCAGGAGCUGGUGCUGUACGCGGCCAGCGCCGCCCUUAGCUGCCUCGUCCUGUUCGCCGGGCUCCGGCAUCUCGACCCCAACCGUGAGUCAUCCAAGAAAGCUCUGGAGCACAAGAAGGAGAUUGCCAAACGCCUCGGCCGCCCUCUCGUCAACACCAACCCUUACGAGGAUGUGAUAGCAUGUGAUGUUGUCAAUCCUGAUCACAUCGAUGUCGAAUUUGAAUCCAUCGGAGGACUAGAAACCGUCAAGCAAGCUCUUUUCGAGCUGGUGAUUCUUCCGCUCAGGAGGCCUGACUUGUUCUCCCACGGGAAACUCCUCAGUCCACAGAAAGGCGUCCUGUUGUAUGGACCUCCCGGUACUGGGAAGACCAUGCUUGCCAAGGCUAUUGCAAAGGAAUCUGGGGCUGUUUUCAUUAAUGUGAGGAUAUCAAAUUUGAUGAGCAAAUGGUUUGGAGAUGCACAGAAGCUCGUUUCUGCUGUAUUUAGCCUGGCAUACAAACUUCAGCCAGCAAUAAUAUUUAUUGAUGAAGUAGAUAGUUUUUUGGGUCAACGAAAAACUUCUGAUCACGAGGCAUUGACAAACAUGAAGACCGAGUUUAUGGCCUUAUGGGAUGGUUUCACCACAGACCAGAGUGCACGGGUAAUGGUUCUUGCCGCAACUAAUAGGCCUUCAGAACUCGAUGAAGCAAUACUACGCCGUUUUUCUCAAGCCUUUGAGAUUGGGAUGCCUGAUCAAAGGGAGAGAGCUGCGAUACUGAAGGUGAUUUUGAAGGGUGAGAGGGUUGAAGACGAUAUCGAUUUCGACUACUUGGCUAGCUUGUGCGAAGGGUACACUGGCUCUGACAUUUUGGAGCUUUGCAAGAAAGCAGCCUAUUUUCCCAUCAGAGACCUACUAGAGGAUGAGAAGAAGGGGCAGCGGUCUCGGCCUCCGAGGCCGUUAUCUCAAGCGGAUUUGGAGAGAGUCCUUACCACCUCGAAGAAAACACGGGUCGCGGCGGGCGAGUACUCGGGUUUGACCUCUCGGUCUGCGAACUGGCCGACGAUUAGAGACCCUGACGAUUACCCGGUACAAGCGGCCAUUCAGGAGCUCUCUAGGCUUGUUCUUUCCCAAGUGAUGAACCUUCAACCCGAAUCACAGGACCCAUGAAUUCUAAACUUCAAAGCCUGAGCUUCUGUAGAAAAUUGUAGCGGGAUUAUCCUGAUAAGUUAUCUCUUCCUGCAGUUCUCGUCCGAACUGUAGGAAACCAAUCUCUUUCUAAUAUUCUAUUCAAUAGCCAUUUAGUAGGGGCUUUCAGGUUUUGCUGAGGUAGGGCAAUAUUUCGUUUUUGAUCUGCCCUUUCUCUUGAUAGGAUCAUGUACCAACCAAUCAUAUGACAUCUAUAUAUGUGACUCGAUACGAUAUUUGAGAUGUUUUGUGAUGAGAUAACUAGCUUAUUGUAGAAAACUAACUUUGUUUUGGAUGCUUCGCUGUCUCCUUGACUUUGUAUUAUGAAGGAUCAAAUCAAUGGGGGCUCUGAUA